CUAUCGACCUAUCGCACUCCGAUAGCAGCAGUCGCUACUUGUCCGAACCAAUCGCUGCCUAUCGGGGAGACUGCGUGGCUGCUGCGUUCCGUAAAACGCGAAGAAGCCAAAAAGCAAGGGCAAUCGCAUCGACAAAAGCACCAAACGCUGGUCCUUUUCAAAAAACUUCAGUGCGCUUUUAUUUCCCCGCCGCUGUCGCCGCUUAAAGGAGCGACAACAUUAUAUUAUUGAAUAUCCUAACGAAAACCAUCAGCCGAACAGUGUAAACGCGUGAAAAGAAAAGAAAGGAACGAAUAAAGUAGAAGUAAAACCGCUAAGCGAGUUCCGCAAAAUGAGUGGGGAUGUGGCUGCCGAAAAUAGCAUCCACAUACAAAAUGGUGGCAGCUGCGAGGUGGUUCAAUCCAACGGGGUGACCACCAAUGGACACGGACACCACCAUCACCACCACAGCAGCAGUAGCAGCAGCAGCAGCAAGCAUAAAUCCUCCAGCAAGGACAAGCAUCGUGAUAGGGACAGGGAGCACAAGAGCUCCAAUUCCUCCAGCUCGUCGAAGGAGCACAAGAGCAGCAGUCGCGACAAGGAUCGACACAAGAGCAGCAGCUCGUCGUCAAAGCAUCGGGACAAGGACAAGGAGCGCGAUGGCAACAGCAAUUCGCAUCGCAGCGGCUCAUCGUCCGGCCACAAGGAUAGGGAUGGGAGCAGCAGCAGCAGCAGCAAGCACAAGUCGUCGUCGGGCCACCACAAGAGGUCCUCGAAGGAUAAGGAGCGACGGGAUAAGGACAAGGAUCGCAGCAGCAGUUCAUCCAGCCGGCACAAGUCCACGUCCAGCUCCCGUGACAAAGAGCGCAGCAGCAGCAGUCACAAGAGCUCCUCUUCAUCCUCAUCGAAGAGCAAACAUUCCAGUUCGCGGCACAGCAGCUCAUCUUCCUCGAAAGACCAGGCAUCGUACGAUGGCGUGUUCGUUAAGCCGGAGCCCGUUUCCCAACAGCUUAUGCACUCGGGCCCGGUGGAUGCUUACCAGAUGCAACAGCUCGGUAGCUACGAAGCCGCAGCCGCCAACACCAAUUUCAAUGGCAAUGGAAACGUUGCCUGUGCCAACUAUAAGAACGGCUACGAGGAAUCGAUCGUAGACAUCAAGAAGGAGGAGGAGAGCUUUAACAAUCUGUCGCAAGCCAGCUCCUGUGACUACUCCAUGUCCCAGUUUCGUGCCGAUGAGCCGCCGUUCGUGGUGAAGCACGAGCAGAGCUACGCCGAAGAGGACAGCACCAUGAACUACAAUGAUCAGGACGACGAGGCCGACGAGAUGAACGACGACGAGGAGGAUGUGCCGCUGGCCAUGCGCAAGCGCAAACAGGAGCCAACCGAUCGUCCUGAUGGCGGCAUGGAUGACGACGACGACGACAUUCCGCUGCUGGCGCGCAAGAAGAUCAAGAAGGAAAAGAUCAAGAAGGAGUCCAAGGAAAAGUCGAAGAAGCGGGUCAAGGAAGAGCCCAGUGAGGAUUACGGCAGUGUCAAGCCUAAAAAGAAAAAGAUGAAAAAGGAACCCGAGCCUAUAGUAUCCCCCGCCAAACGGCAGAAGACGAAGGUGAAGGAGGAGGAGGAGGAGGUGUGGCGCUGGUGGGAGGAGGAGAAGCGCGCUGAUGGCGUUAAGUGGUCAACGCUGGAGCACAAGGGACCCGUGUUCGCACCGCAAUACGAACGGGUGCCACGGAAUGUACGGUUCUACUACGAUGGCAAGCCGUUGGAGCUCUCUGAGGAAACGGAGGAGGCGGCCACGUUCUAUGCCAAGAUGCUGAACCACGACUACUGCACCAAGGAAGUGUUCAAUAACAACUUCUUCAAGGACUUCCGCAAGUCCAUGACGCCCAGGGAGAGGGAGAUUAUCAAAGAUUUCCGAAAGUGCGGCUUCCAGGAGAUGUUCAACUACUUCCAGGCGGAGUCCGAAAAGCGCAAGGCAGCCAGCAAGGAGGAGAAGCUGAUCAAGAAGAACGAAAACGAGGCGCUGAUGAAGGAAUUCGGAUUCUGCAUGAUUGAUGGGCACAAGGAGAAGAUCGGUAACUUCCGCCUGGAGCCGCCGGGCCUGUUCCGCGGCCGUGGCGAGCAUCCCAAAAUGGGCAUGAUCAAGCGUCGCAUCCAUGCCAGCGAUGUGUCCAUUAAUUGUGGCAAAGAAUCGAAGGUGCCUUCACCGCCGCCCGGAUCUCGGUGGAAGGAGGUGCGCCACGACAACACGGUCACCUGGCUGGCCUCCUGGAUCGAGAACGUGCAGGGCCAGGUCAAGUACAUCAUGUUGAAUCCCUCCUCGAAACUCAAGGGCGAGAAGGAUCACAUUAAGUACGAGACGGCGCGACGCCUGGACAAGGUAAUCGAUAAGAUACGUGCCACCUAUCGCGACGAGUGGAAGUCCAAGGAGAUGAGGGUUCGCCAGCGAGCGGUGGCCCUUUACUUCAUCGACAAACUGGCGCUGAGAGCAGGCAACGAAAAGGACGAGGAUCAGGCCGAUACCGUCGGCUGUUGCUCGCUCCGCGUGGAGCAUGUCCAGCUCCACAAGGAACUGAACGGAAAGGAGAACGUGGUGGUCUUCGAUUUCCCCGGUAAGGACUCCAUUCGGUAUUACAACGAGGUCGAGGUGGAGAAGCGCGUCUUCAAGAACCUCGAACUGUUCAUGGAGCACAAGAAGGAGGGCGACGACCUCUUCGAUCGUCUCAACACGCAGGUGCUUAAUGAGCAUCUCAAGGAGCUGAUGGAAGGUCUCACGGCCAAGGUAUUCCGUACGUAUAACGCAUCGAAAACACUGCAAAGCCAGCUGGAUCUACUGACCGAUCCGAGCGCCACGGUGCCGGAAAAGCUGUUGGCCUACAAUCGCGCCAACCGUGCCGUGGCCAUCCUCUGUAACCAUCAGCGUUCCGUGCCCAAGAGCCACGAGAAGUCAAUGGAGAAUCUGAAGGAGAAGAUCAAGGCCAAGCGGGAAGCCAUCGAAAAAUGCGAGUCCGAGUAUAAUGUGAGUAUAUGCGAGACGAUGCUUCCGCACGCAGUAUGUUUAAUUGCCAUAACCCCAAUGCAGUCGAGAGACGAGAAGAAGGGCAAACAGCUGGACCGCCUAAGGGAUCAGCUGAAGAAACUAGAACUACAAGAGACUGAUAGAGACGAGAAUAAGACCAUUGCCCUGGGCACAUCUAAGCUAAACUAUCUUGAUCCACGCAUAUCGGUGGCUUGGUGUAAAAAGAAUGACGUGCCGAUCGAGAAGAUAUUCAACAAAACGCAAAGAACCAAAUUUCUGUGGGCCGUGCACAUGGCCGAUGAGAAUUAUCGUUUCUAAAUGGGUUCUCCUCACAGCCACGCCUAGACACAAACACACACGUACGUCGCCUCCUCCACCAUCCUCCACCACCCCAUCAAACACACACAAGAUCGAAGAAGAUGUAACGACAAAUCACACCCACCACAAGGCCGGCUAGUAGAUAGAUUCCAGGCUAGUCCCGCCAUUGUUUGGCCCACAGUUUAUGCAAUAGGUAGUGCAUAUGUCCAGCUUUCGGCCAACGCAGUGGAGGGAUUGUUAGCCAAAAUGAGCGAGACGGAAUGCUGCACUGCAUCGUGGUCGUGGAACCGCUUGUACGCGUCUGUUUUGUCUGCUUUGAAUCGUUUAAUGGGAUCAAGUGCACGCCAUGCCGAAGUCUAACUUGCGUUAUGUGCACACCCAAAACCCAACACCACUCCUAUAUCGUUAUGCAAUAUGUCAGUUUUAUACAUCAAAGGCAAGAGAAGAUGUGAAACCUGUGCAAGACGUCGCCGCCACCUAAAAACAAAUGAGGAGCAUAAUUUUCUAUGCUUUUACAAAGCAAUUUUUUUUGUCAAGAUGCCCUUUCUUAUAAUUUUACAUAUAAAACAUAUAUACAUAAAUAUAUUUAUAUCUAUGUGUAUAUUAAUAUUUGUAUAUAUUUUUUAUUUUUAAUAUACAUACAUACAUUUACAUAUAUAUAUAUAUAUAGAUAUAUAUACAUCAUAUAUAUAUAUCUAUAUAUGUAUCUAAUAGCAAAAGCAAACGUAAAAUUACACAAUUUAAAACGCAACUUUUUUAUGUUUACCUAUAGUUGAUUUUGUUUAGCGAAAAAUGUCUUUCACUAUUAAUUAAUAUUAAUACUACGAUUACUGCGUAUUUGUAUAAGUGAAAACUGAACAGAGAAACACCUUGUAGCCCAACUUUUAGCAUAGCAUAAUUUAUUCAAUUCAAACUCUGAAGCAGCGCAAUUUGCCGACCGCCCGAUCCCCCGAAAAUGAAGAGCCAAGCCCCAUUGGAUAUAUGGAUGUCGAUGUGGUUUCGUUUUGAUUCGUACCCCAUGAUCAUUUUCGUUAACAAUUCGAAAUAUACAAAGGCUAAAUUGAUUUGCAGACCAGCACCUUAACUUUUCAAUAACUUAAGCCCGCAAUAUGCAGACAGGUUUCAAAACCAAUUGCAGAUACAAAUCAAACCGAGCAAUUCAAUUCGAUUCGAUGAACCAAAACUGAACCACAGCCAAGCAAACAGUCGCAGCGAGAGAAACCACUUUAAUCUAAAAGAAGGGAACUUUAUACAUAUAGGAUCUAUAAGUAUGUGCAAUUAAGUGAGCUAAAACUAUACCUUAAACCUGAGGAGGAGGAGCCUUGUAAAAAUCGAGCCUUCGCUUGGAUCCUUCAGUCGAGUCAGUCGAUGGCCGUGGGAUUCAGGUGGGAGCAUCUAGGAGGAGAGUUAGGAACAUCCGCACACCCAUAUGCCCCGAUCCCAACAGCUACGAUUAUGGCCGUACUUUUAACUAAGCAAAUCGAUGGAAAUUUAUAUCUCGCGUCACGCCCCCCUCCCCUUACCCCUCCCCCCUUAGCAUAAAUGGCAAACGCGCAUUGCAAAUGAAGAGCGAACGAUCUUUAUAUAUACAUAUAAAUAGCAACCCAAACACACAUAUGAUAAUUAGUGAUUAAUGUGAACGCAAACAUCUUUGUACGUAUGUCGUCGAUUCGCAUACGGAAGCGGGACAAUGCUUUCAAAAGGCAACAAAAAGUUAAAUAAACUAAUUACGAACACUUCUUCGCCCGCCCAGCCACGCCCCCCGCCCCGCCACAACACUCACAUAUAAACUUGGCAUAUUAUAAUAUUGAUAUAAGCAAACAAAAAACAACAAAAAGCGAAAUGAUAAGAAGCCCACUAUUUUAAAUCGAAAGAAAAUUUAAUGAAAAACAAAAUAGCAUAAGGUAAUGUAAUUGUAAUGGAAUGAUGCAAAUAUACAUAAAAUAUAUAUUUAAUUUUAAAAUUUA